AUUAGCUAUAGUACUAGGGUUUGCCUUGCCUCUACUAUAGCCUAUUCGCCUCCUUCGGCGGGCAACGUUCCUUUGCCGUUCUUCUAUCGGAUCGGAGCUCGCUCGCAAGGUAACCUUUUUCUCCCUUUCGCUCACAGUUACAAGUUCUUCAUCGUCGCCGUUCGACUUUGCUCCUUCGACGACAUUACCUUCCUGUUGGAUCGGAAGUUACGACAGGUUUUUGAUCUGAAGCAACAACUGGAGCUCGCUUGCUGUGAAGGCCGUUUGGCUGGAUUUCGCCCAAAUCCGGCCUUAAAUCCGGCUAAAUCCGCAUACCAAACAGCCCUUGGGCAUUGUACUUCUUCAUUUGGAAGGAGAAGAAGUUUUUAUCAUUAAAAGGUGAAAUGGCAUCACCAAUGCAAUCAUCAUUUCUUCCUGCCAACACUGAUUCGUUAGCACAGGCCUUGGAGGCUGUAAACCCUACUGAAUCCAUUUCUCUUCUAUACCUUAUUCUUGAGGACCCUUCAUCUUCCUCAGAUGCUCUGCGCAUUAAAGAACAAGCAAUUUCAAAACUUUCAGACCUACUCACACAGGAGAAGAAAGCUGAGGAGCUUAGAAGCCUCCUUACACAACUAAGACCCUUUUUCUCUUUGAUUCCCAAGGCAAAAACCGCAAAGAUUGUGAGGGGGAUCAUAGAUGCGGUUGCCAAAAUACCAGGGACUUGUGAUUUACAGAUCUCUCUCUGCAAGGAAAUGGUGGAAUGGACACGUGCCGAGAAGCGCACAUUCCUCCGGCAACGUGUCGAGGCUAGGCUUGCUGCUCUCCUGAUGGACAAUAAGGACUAUUCUGAGGCUCUAAAUCUUCUUACUGGGUUGAUAAAGGAGGUCAGAAGAUUGGAUGACAAACUAUUGCUUGUGGACAUUGAUCUUCUGGAAAGCAAGCUUCAUUUCUCUCUUCGAAAUCUUCCCAAGGCAAAAGCUGCAUUAACUGCAGCAAGAACUGCCGCAAAUGCCAUUUAUGUUCCUCCGGCACAGCAGGGCACCAUUGAUUUGCAGAGUGGGAUCCUUCAUGCCGAGGAGAAGGACUACAAGACUGCCUACAGCUAUUUCUUCGAGGCAUUUGAAGCCUUCAAUGCACUUGAGGAUCCCAGAGCUGUAUUUAGCCUCAAGUACAUGCUUCUCUGCAAGAUCAUGGUUAACCAUGCUGAUGAUGUUGCAGGUAUAAUUUCUUCGAGGGCCGGCCUGAACUACUUAGGUCCCGAUCUGGACGCCAUGAAAGCUGUUGCAGAUGCUCACUCAAAGCGUUCGCUUAAGUUCUUCGAAACUGCUCUUAGAGAUUAUAAGGCACAGUUGGAGGAAGACCCAAUUGUUCACAGGCACCUUUCAUCUCUCUACGAUACUCUCAUGGAGCAGAAUCUCUGCAGGCUCAUUGAACCUUAUUCAAGGGUAGAGAUUGCUCACAUUGCAGAGAUGAUUGAGCUUCCCAUCGAUCAUGUGGAGAAGAAGCUAUCCCAAAUGAUCCUCGACAAAAAGUUCGCCGGAACCCUAGACCAGGGAGCUGGCUGCCUUAUCAUAUUUGACGACCCCAAAGCUGAUGCAAUUUUUCCUGCAACGCUGGAGACUAUUAGCAAUAUUGGCAAGGUUGUGGACAGUCUUUAUGUGAGAUCAGCACAUAUAAUGGCCUGAUGGGAAUCAAAUCAUGAACUAUGAGAGACAGGUCAUUAUUUAUUUCCUUUUGCUUAUUAUGUUUCGUAGAGCUGAGCUCACGUAGUGGGAUGAAGGUUUGAUGUUGUUGUUAUUAUACUUAGUAGAGUCAUGAGGCAGUGGUGAAUUUGGUUUUUCUGCUGAAAUCUGGCACUUUGUUGACUGUUCUUUGGCUUCUCACUUGUUUGAGAAAAAGAAAACUGUUUCGAUCCAGCA